GGCUCCGUAGCGCGUGUGCCGCCUGACGCAGCCCCGCGGGCCCUCCUCCCGCUCUGCGGCGGCCGCGAGGAGUUUGGGGCGUGCGGGCGCGGGGAGGGGGGCGGGGGCGAGGAGGAGGCGGCGGCGGGCGAGAGGAGGCGGAGGAGCAGCAGGCGCCGCCAUGGCCGCCGCGCUCACCGACAUGGCCGACCUGGAGGAGCUCUCCCGCCUCAGUCCGCUGUCCCCCGGUAGCCCCGGGCCCGCGGCGCGCGGCCGAGCCGAGCCGCCGGAAGAAGAGGAGGAGGAGGAGGACGAUGAGGCGGAGGCAGAGGCGGUGGCCGCGCUGCUGCUGAACGGCGGAGCGGGAGGCGGCGGCGCGGGGGGCGGCGAGGCGGAGACCAUGUCGGAGCCGAGCCCCGAGAGCGCCAGCCAGGCGGGCGGGGACGAGGACGAGGACGAGGAGGACGACGAGGACGAGGGCAGUAGUAGCGGCGGCGCCGAGGAGGAGAGCAGCGCCGAGAGCCUGGUGGGCAGCAGCAGCGGUGGCUGCAGCGGCGACGAGACGCGCUCGCUGAGCCCGGGCGCGGCGAGCAGCAGCAGCGGCGAUGGGGACGGGAAGGAGGGCCUGGAGGAGCCCAAGGGACCGCGGGGCGGCCCGGGCGGCCCGGGCAGCGGCGGCGGUAGUAGCAGCAGUAGCGUGGUGUCGAGCGGCGGUGACGAGGGCUAUGGCACCGGGGGAGGCGGGAGCAGCGCGACCUCCGGGGGCCGGCGGGGCAGCCUGGAGAUGUCGUCGGACGGGGAACCGCUGAGCCGCAUGGACUCGGAGGACAGCAUAAGCAGUACUCUGAUGGACAUAGACAGCACAAUCUCGAGUGGACGUUCAACUCCAGCCAUGAUGAAUGGACAGGCGAGCACCACUGCUUCAAGCAAGCACAUUGCCUAUAACUGUUGUUGGGACCAGUGCCAGGCGUGCUUCAACUCCAGCCCAGACCUGGCAGACCACAUUCGCUCCAUCCAUGUAGAUGGUCAGCGUGGAGGGGUAUUCGUUUGCUUGUGGAAAGGUUGCAAGGUGUAUAACACCCCAUCAACCAGUCAGAGUUGGUUACAGCGGCACAUGCUGACACACAGUGGAGACAAACCUUUCAAGUGUGUCGUUGGCGGCUGCAAUGCCAGCUUUGCUUCUCAGGGAGGGCUAGCUCGCCACGUACCCACACACUUCAGUCAGCAGAGCUCCUCAAGAGUUUCUAGCCAGCCAAAGGCCAAAGAAGAAUCUCCUUCUAAAGCUGGAAUGAACAAGCGGAGGAAACUAAAGAACAAAAGACGGCGCUCAUUACCGCGGCCACAUGAUUUCUUCGAUGCACAAACACUGGACGCCAUACGACAUCGAGCCAUAUGCUUUAACCUCUCCGCUCACAUAGAGAGCUUAGGGAAGGGGCACAGUGUGGUCUUUCACAGUACUGUAAUAGCUAAGAGAAAGGAGGAAUCGGGAAAGAUAAAGCUUUUGCUUCAUUGGAUGCCCGAAGACAUUCUGCCAGAUGUAUGGGUGAACGAAAGUGAACGACAUCAGUUAAAAACUAAAGUAGUUCAUUUAUCAAAGCUCCCCAAAGAUACUGCCUUGCUGCUGGACCCAAACAUUUACAGAACAAUGCCGCAGAAGAGGUUGAAGAGAUGAAAAGAAAAUAAAGUGGACAAUACUUAACCCUCAAGUAUUUUCCCAUGUGUCUCACUCAUUGAACAUAUAAAGCCCGGUGUGCUGACUAGAGCCUGCACUCGGAGGACCAAGCAAGAGGAUUUCCACGAGUUCAAGGCCUGAGUGGGAUCCUGAGGCAAACACACCAAAAAGGAAAGAAGAAAUACUGAUAAUUAGAUUUUUUUUCUCUGUCACACAUUAAUGAAGUAGGUGCUAUUGCCGUGGCUUAGCUGGGAGGGUGCUUGGCAGACGUGGUGGCCCAAGCCCUAUGCCUGGGAGUCACAGGGUCUGCGGAGAGAGGGCGCAGACGCACAGUUGUCUUCCCCAAGAAGUAAAUAUGCAAAUAAUCCUCUGAAAAGGUAGAACUCAUAGUUAAAAACAUGUAUAUUUUGUUGUCCGCGUUGAACCAUCUUCUCGAUGCAUGGUUAACGAGAGAUGAGAUGAUAUUGACUGAAUAUCAAAAUGAGCCAAUGUGGUUGAAGCAGUGUAAAUAGUUUGAGUCACAGCUUUACUUCUUAAAUUUUUAUAAUAUUCCUGUAUAAAUCCUAAAGGUAAACCAAAUUUUAGCCUCUGGAUUUCUAAUAGAAAGCCUGACACGUUGAUGUGUCUGACAAGGCCUCAGGUUGCAGAGAUGCACAAACAUAUGUAGUUUAUUUGUAAAGAAAAAGUCAAACCAUAUAUUAUUUGAAAGCCUUUGUUUCAUUUUGUUUUGUUUUGUUUUUGUUAAGCAGAGUGGCACUUUGUCAGGUUUUAAUUUAAGAUAUUUUUCUAUUUCAUAAAAAGGUUAAAAAUUUUGUGUAUAAAUAUUUUUAAUUGUUCAAGAAUCUUAUGACCUGGUGUAGGGCAUUUUGCAAUUCUAACACUAUAGCUUUAAUAUAAAUAACAUUUGUAGAGCUUUUCUUUGUAAUAAAGGUGAGAAUAUUUUGUAAUUUCUAUUUCCUUUAGAGCCUGAAUAACCUUAAAAUAUAGGCAUGAAGUGUUGUAUUUUGAUUUUUAUAUUGUUAAAAUUUAAAAACAAAACUUACCUAGCUUGAAUUCUUUCCCAAGUUAAGUUUGUACAGUGUCAUACACAGCUCUGUAAUCUGCAAAAAGGGUAUAAGCAGGUUAGAGCAGAUUUUCUCUAGGUCAGUAUUAUUUCAACUAUAGCAAAUUGCAUGUCAGAGAGGGCGCAGGAUGGUGAUGUGUUUAAUCUUACAAUCUGUUGCCCUCACUGAUGUCUCAACACAGUCUGCCGGGCUUAUACUCCACAUAGAAUAAUUGGUGAAGUGUUUGUCUUCUUAGUAAGAUGCUGUGGGGAACUGCAGGGAGAGGACAGUAUAGGGUUGCUUACACAAGCGAUGAUGUCACCUUUACAUACAGAUGGAAUAAAGGGAUAGACCUGUAUGUGGAUCUCAGUGGGAAGGAUUGUUGAUGUUGCAUUCUUAAUCUCAGCUGUAAUGUAAUUAUUUUGAUUUAUUUAAUCUCAUUAAAAAUAGUUUGUUUUUUGGUAGAACCCUUUAAGAACAAUAAGACCAAUAAGAUUGCUGCGGAUGGCAUUUUCAGUAAUCCUGUCCUGAGGACCUGCCUGGCUGUGGUUUCUCUAGAAGAAGGCUGCAGAGCCUUGCUGUCCUCCCUUAUGUUCCUCAAGGAUUACAUUCUCUGGCUGAAGAAAACGUGUCUUUAAAUCUUACAAUUUUAUAAUGAUUUCUAUAUGUUUCUUGUAAAGAAAAUUUUCACAAAUUUA